CAUGAAGCUUCUGGGCUGCAGGGGAAAGCCCGGCUCUGGUUCCAGGAAAGGUGCCUAGAAGAACAGGACACAGAACCCCCCUGAGAUGGAGCCUGGACGUGGAGGCCCUUCUGUGCUGCCCCUCCGGGCCGGGCCUAGGCGGCAGCAGCCUGCGCUAUGGCCCACCCUGGCCGCUCUGGCCCUGCUGAGCAGCGUCGCCGAGGGGGAGGCCUCCCUGGGCCCCGCGCCCCGCAGCCCGGUCCCCCGCGAAGGCCCCACGCCCGCCCCGGCGUCCCCCGCGGGCCCCCUGGCCGGGGGCCGCGCGGCCCGUCUAUGCGGCGGAAGAGCCCGGCGCCCGGCGCCCCCGCCGCCCCGGCCCGAGCCCCCGCCGCCAGCGCCCUCGCCCUCGCCCGCACCCCCUCGCGGGGCCCGCGCGGCGCGGGCGGGGGGCCGGGCCGGCCGAGAGAGCCGGGGAAGCCGCGCGCGGGCCGCGGGGGCGCGCGGUUGCCGCCUGCGCUCGCAGCUCGUGCCGGUGCGCGCGCUCGGCCUGGGCCACCGCUCCGACGAGCUGGUGCGCUUCCGCUUCUGCAGCGGCUCCUGCCGCCGCGCGCGCUCGCCGCACGACCUCAGCCUGGCCAACCUGCUGCACGCCGGCGCCCUGCGGCCGCCCCCGGGCUCGCGGCCCGUCAGCCAGCCCUGCUGCCGACCCACGAGCUACGAGGCCGUCUCGUUCAUGGACGUCAACAGCACCUGGAGGACCGUGGACCGCCUCUCGGCCACUGCCUGCGGCUGUCUGGGCUGA